AUGUCAACAAGGAGACGGCGGCCCCUCCGCUCGCCCCCGCACCCGCAGCCCGCAGCGCUUCGGAGGUGCCUCACCGGAAGGGGAAGCGACGUCAGCGUCGUCGUGGCCGGCCCGCCACCGCCCCCCGUAGUUCAUCCUCCAGCAGCGGCGACGCUCCACGCACCAGGUGGAGGCCGCGGCGGCGCUACCGCAGGCGGAAGCUACGUGCGGGUCUUCGAGCUCCUCGUCCGCCUCCGGCAGCAGUUGGGAGCUGCGGCGCUAGAGGCGGAGGCCCAGCCGCCGUUGUCGCGCCUGCGUCCGCAGCAGCGUGGGCGCGCGGAGGCCGAGUGGCAGACGUUUCUGCAGGAGUUCCACGCAGUCUACAGCGGACUGGCGGAUGAGCUGUCUAUAGAGUCAUCAGACGAGACGGCGGCCCCUCCGCUCGCCCCCGCACCCGCAGCCCGCAGCGCUUCGGAGGUGCCGCACCGGAAGGGGAAGCGACGUCAGCGUCGUCGUGGCCGGCCCGCCGCCGCCCCCCGUAGUUCAUCCUCCAGCAGCGGCGAGGCUCCACGCACCAGGUGGAGGCCGCGGCGGCGCUACCGCAGGCGGAAGCUACGUGCGGGUCUUCGAGGAGACGGCGGCCCCUCCGCUCGCCCCCGCACCCGCAGCCCGCAGUGCUUCAGAGGUGCCGCACCGGAAGGGGAAGCGACGUCAGCGUCGUCGUGGAAGGCCCACCACCGCCCCCCGCAGCUCAUCCUCCAGCAGUGGCGAGGCUCCGCACACCAGGUGGAGGCCGCGGCGGCGCUACCGCAGGCGGAAGCUACGUGCGGGUCUUCGAGGUGCGUGUAA